UUCCAACCGUUCUGUUGGCCUUGGGACUGUCGAGCGCGCUAAGUUAGCAGGCUAAGUAGCUCAAAUCAGAAUCUGUGUUAGCCGAUCCUCCUUUUGCCGAUUGCGUCGUUGCGAGAAAGCUUAUUUUCUUUAAAUUCGUCGCUGCGAUGGGCGUCGACAGCGGGAAGAACGGGCUUGCGACGUAUUACCGAGGAGCCAUCGAGCAGAUCGACGUCAACCUUAGAGAGAAGACGAAGAAUCUCCGUCGGCUCGAGGCUCAGAGAAAUGAGCUGAACGCUAAAGUGCGUGCUCUCAAGGAGGAGCUGCAGCUGCUGCAGGAGCCUGGCUCUUAUGUGGGCGAGGUGGUCAAAGUGAUGGGAAAGACCAAGGUGCUCGUCAAGGUUCACCCAGAGGGCAAGUAUGUCGUUGACGUGGACAAGGGCAUCGACGUCACGAAGCUGACCCCCAGCACGCGCGUGGCUCUGAGGAACGACAGCUACGUGCUGCACCUGGUGCUGCCCAGCAAGGUGGACCCGCUGGUGUCGCUCAUGCGUGUGGAAAAGGUGCCUGACUCCACCUACGACAUGAUCGGCGGGCUGGACCAGCAGAUCAAGGAGAUCAAGGAGGUGAUUGAGCUGCCCAUCAAGCAUCCGGAGCUGUUUGAGAGCCUCGGAAUUGCCCAGCCAAAGGGAGUGCUGCUCUAUGGCCCCCCUGGUACUGGCAAGACCCUUCUGGCGCGAGCGGUGGCGCACCACACGGACUGCACCUUCAUCCGAGUGUCCGGCUCGGAGCUCGUGCAGAAGUACAUUGGAGAGGGCUCUCGCAUGGUGCGAGAGCUCUUCGUCAUGGCCAGGGAGCAUGCCCCGUCGAUCAUCUUCAUGGACGAGAUUGACAGCAUCGGGUCGGCCCGCAUGGAGUCGGGCAGCGGCAACGGGGACAGUGAGGUGCAGCGCACCAUGCUCGAGCUGCUCAACCAGCUUGACGGGUUUGAGGCGUCCAAUCAGAUCAAGGUGCUGAUGGCGACCAACCGUAUUGACAUUCUGGACCCAGCUCUUCUCAGGCCUGGCCGCAUCGACCGCAAAAUUGAGUUCCCCAACCCAAGCGAAGAGUCUCGUGUGGACAUUCUCAAGAUCCACUCGCGCAAGAUGAACUUGAUGAGGGGCAUCGACCUUGCCAAGAUAGCUGGGAAGAUGAAUGGAGCAAGUGGUGCUGAGCUCAAGGCUGUUUGCACAGAAGCUGGCAUGUUUGCCCUGCGGGAACGAAGGGUCCAUGUGACACAGGAGGAUUUCGAGAUGGCAGUUGGGAAGGUCAUGAAGAAGGAUUCGGAGCAGAACAUGUCUCUGAAGAAGUUGUGGCGUUAAUCUGGAUUGUGAAGCGUUCUAUUGUACAUUGCUAAUCAGUUAACUCCCUCAGGAUGAGUAAUUAGCUUCAACAAUUAGCUGUGACGUUAUUCUGAGAUGUCUCUACAGUGUAUAGGCUGACCCCACGGUAACUUCUCUCACAGUUACAGAGUUCCCGUUUUCGCGCAAAUCUCCUGCCAGCAAGAUCUGUCACUGAUUUUGACGUGGCACCAUCGCAGACCCCAAGAGCCUCGACUCACUGGCGAAGGAUACGUGGACCUUUCGCAUCCAGUCCAGGGAGCCCCCCCUUUUUGGUUGGACCUUG